UAAAAGUUUGAUUCAAUGCACAAUUCAAUGUUUAAUUUUGUUUUGUGAUUUGAGCGUUUCGAUUCGUUUUAGUUGUUUUAGAUUUUUCUUUAGAGAUUAGAACAAUGUCUGGUGGAAUGCUGUACGGAGGCGAUGAAAUUGGAGCGUUGGUUUUUGAUCCAGGGCAUCAUUCACUUCGCGUAGGAUACGCUCAAGAAGACACACCAAAGGCUGAAAUACCGGCUGUAGUCGGUGUAGCUCCUGACGAAGCUAUUAAAUUAGAAGCAGAGUCUAAACCUGACGAUAGUAAUGUUUCGUCUCAAUCACAGCAUAAAUAUUAUAUUGAUACUACAUUUCUACAUACCCCACGUGUCAAUAUGGAGCUGCAUAGUUAUAUGAAAGAUGGUAUGAUAGAAAAUUGGGACAUGUUUGAAAAAAUAUUGGAUUAUUCUUAUGACAAAAUUAUACAGUCAGAAUCUCAUUACCAUCCGGUGCUUUUCUCAGAAUCUCCUUGGAACCAGCGACAAAAAAGAGAAAGAUUAACAGAGUUAAUGUUUGAAAAAUACAAAGUACCUGCAUUCUUCUUAGUUAAAAAUGCAGUGUUGGCUGCUUUUGCUACCGGUAGGGCCACUGCUUUGGUUAUAGACAGUGGUGCUACACACACAAGUGCUGUUCCAGUGUUAGACGGCUAUGUCAUAUCAAAUGCUGUUGUAAAAUCUCCUUUAGGAGGGGACUAUUUAAUAUUAAGAGCUCGAGAAAUGCUUGAACAAAUGGGAAUUGACUUAACACCUGCAGCUCUAAUUGCCAGCAAAGAUGUUGUUAGGGAUAAAGAUAAACCUAGGUUUGUUAAAAAGAAAUUGUCGUUUCAACCUUCCAAUUCAUGGAUGACAUACAUGGUCAAAAAAACCGUACAAGAUUUUCAGCAAUCUGUACUUCAGGUUUCAGAAAGUCAGUACGAUGAAAGGGUAGUAAGUAACAUUCCAUCUGUACAUUACGAAUUUCCAACUGGUUAUCAUCAGGAUUUUGGUACCGAGCGGUUUAAAUUAGCCGAAGGAUUGUUUGAUCAUGCAAUGUUGGGCGCCGGUUACAUAGCUGCUACAAGUGCAGGAAUGUGCGAUGUUGAUAUUAGACCAGCCUUAUACAGUUCGGUUGUGUUAACAGGAGGAAAUUCUUUGGUACAGGGCUUUAGUGACCGUUUAAGUAGAGACUUGUCAGUUAGAACUCCUAGUUCAGCAAGAUUGAAAAUGAUAGCUGCUAAUGGAUCUGUGGAGAGGAGGUUUGGCUCCUGGGUAGGUGGAUCAAUUUUAGCAGCAAUCGGUACAUUCCAACAAAUGUGGAUGUCUAUGCAGGAGUACCAAGAGUCAGGCAAAUCCCAAAUUGACAGAAAGUGUCCUUAAAAAAGCUAAACAAUUUUUUUAAACUUAUUUUUGUAUUGAUAUAUUUUUUAACAAUGAACUUUCUUUUUAUAUGAAAAUUGUAAAAUUAUAAAACAAUUUACGGUUGUGAUCUUUUUAGAUUUUCCGUCAUGCUAUAGGGAAAGUGUUUUAGUUGUAAAAUGACGGUAGCAUGGUUAAUUAAUUAUUAAGUCAAUGAGCAUAGACAAACUAACAAAAGCAAGACGCGUCAACGCUGUACUGCAAAACGGUAACAAGUUUGAUAAGUGUUUAUUACCGCGCUUGCGUCAACUGGCCUUUUAGACGAGGACGGUUUACUUAUGGAUUGU